GAAAAUGAUCAUCUCAAGAUGCUCAUUGCAAAGAUUGAGGCUCUCCGCCCAAUGUUUUGCUUGUAGAAAAGAGUGUGUCUUCAUAUGCUCAAGAGUAUCUACUUGCAAAGGAAAUAUCAUUAGUGCUCAAUGUUAAAAGGCCAUUACUGGAGCGUAUAGCAAGGUGCAGUGGUGGUCUUGUUUGUCCAUCUAUUGAUAAUUUAUCUACUGCACGAUUGGGACAUUGUGAACUGUUCCGAGUGGAGAAAGUAUCCGAAGAACAUGAGAUGUCCAAUCAGUUCAACAAGAAACCAUCAAAAACACUGAUGUUCUUUGAAGGUUGUCGUAGGCGCUUAGGUUGCACGGUCCUGCUGAGGGGUAGAUCUCGUGAUGAACUGAAGAAGGUUAAACAUGUUGUCCAAUAUGCUGUUUUCGCAGCCUAUCGCUUAUCUCUUGAAACUUCCUUUCUUGCCGAUGAAGGUUCUACUCUUCCAAAGAUUAACAUAAAACAUUCAAUUGCUGUGCCAGAGAAAAUGCAAAUUGACAAUAGUCAAUCCAGUUUGAAUAUUGUAGUCAUUUCUUCUGCUCAAAAUGACGCAUCUCUGAGUAUCAAGCCUGAGCAAGAAGUGUUGGAAUCAUUGCCUGAUCAGGGGGAUUUGUCAUUUUUUCCCUUCUUCAGGUGGUUCUGCUCUUGAUGAUUUGGCUCCUAUUGUUGACAUGGACUUGUGUUCUUUAGAGCAAAUGAAGGAUUUAAAUAUGUUCACUAUGUUGCCCUGCGAUAUUGGAGAUUUUCCCCAAUCUGAAUUGCAAGAACCAUGAUUGAAGAUGGGAGGCAUCUUUACGAGAUUAAUGAAUUUGAAAAUUUGAAAAAUUAAAGAAGAUAAAGCUUAGUGAGUAUUUUUCAGGCACUGAUACACACCAGAGUAUAUUGGUUCCAAUCUCAAGCAGGUGUGUGCUGAAAGGAACUGGAUGUGGCACCGAUGCCUUAGGUGUGCUCAUAUAGAUGGGGUUCCUCCAGCAACUCGUAGAGUGAUUAUGUCUGAUGCUGCUUGGGGACUUUCUUUUGGAAAGUUCUUGGAGCUUAGUUUUUCAAAUCAUGCAACUGCUAACCGCGCAGCAACAUGUGGUCAUUCAUUGCAGAGGGAAUGCCUUCAUUUUUAUGGAUUUGGCAACAUGGUUGCAUUCUUCCGUUUUUCUCUAAUCAAUAUACUAUCGGUACAUUUGCCCCCAUCAAUGCUUGAAUUUGGGGGAGAUGUUCAGCAGGAGUGGAUUAGAAGAGAGGCAGCCGAGCUAAUGGUCAAAACGGAAAUGCUGUAUGCGGAAAUAUCUGAUGUACUUGACAGCAUUGAACUGAAGAGUAAAUCAUCAAACGGAAGCGAGUUAUCGAAUCACAUUAUGGAACUGAGAGAUCAGAUUCGAAAGGAGAGAAAUGAUUACAAUAGACGGGUGAGUUUCAUGGCAAUGAAUGGAGGAGGCAGCCAAGUAGCAGUGAGUUCUAUAGCUACAACCAGUUGUUAUGGAGACAUCAUACCUUGGUCCAGCAGCUGUGGACAUCCUAGAAUUGAAUCACAUAAGGCUUUCACUCAUAAGUUUGCAUGUAUGGGAUCGGCAACUUAAUUCGUUAGACACCUUUCCAGGGGAAAAUUCUGCUUUCAAA